AAGGCCAGAAAGGAAGGUGACCUGGAGGAUUCCAUUGAGAUAUCUGAACAAAGUUCUGGGAAGGAAGAGACAGUACUAGUGUCAGGGGAGAAUAGAUCAGCACAGAAUAGUAAAGCCAGCCCACCAAAGCUCAGUGUUACACUUCCACUGAUGAGUGAUCUUCCAGACACCUCUUCUGAUUGGAGCAAAUAUGUCAAACUCCCUGUUGAUAUUCUGUUAUUAACAGUGGAGGACUGUGAGUUCUUAAGCUGCUUUGCCUACCUGAAGGAACCCUUUAAGAGUUACCACAUCAGCAUUGGCCCAGUGUACUUUGGGUACAUGAGUGAUGAUCAAGGAAAGAAAAUGAACAUCGCAUUGAUGAAGUGCAAAAGGUCCAAAGGUCCUGGGGGCCCUUUCUCUACUUCAAAAGAUGCUAUCUUGGUACUAAGACCCAAGGCCACUUUUUCUGUUGGUGCCUGCAGUGGUUUGAACAGCAGAAAGAUCAAGCUAGGAGAUGUAGUUGUUUCAUCAAAGCUGAUAACAGCUGCACACAAAACUCCCCCCAGCAGAGAUAUUGGUAACCUGAUCAAACAUGUGGCUGAUGGGUGGAAGGCACCUUUACAAAAUGCUAAUGAAUAUAAUGCCAAAGUACACUGUGAUGGAGUGUUUCUGAGUAUCUCAGAGGCAAACAAGGAAAUGAUUGGCCAACAUCCUGAAGCAAUUGCAGUUGAAAUGGAAAGUGGAGAUGUGUUUGCAGCAGCCCAUGAUUUUAAUGCAGAAUGGGUGGUAAUUAAAGGCAUCGGAGACUUUGUAGAUGAAAGGCAGUCUUUUGGUGAGAAAUGGAAACAAAUUGCCUGUGUUAUGGCAGCAUCUGUUGUGGCCAACAUUUUGAAUGAUCCAAUUAUAUUCCAAGAUUGGCCUCACUUUAAUGCAGAAUUA